GGCGGCGGUGGGGUGGCGGGAGCGGAGCGGCAUGGCCACGGCGGCUUCUAACCCCUACCUGCCGGGGAACAGCUUGCUAGCGGCCGGCUCCAUCGUCCACUCGGACGCGGCGGGGGCCGGCGGCGGCGGCGGCGGCGGGGCAGGCGGCGGGGGCGGCGGGGCUGGGGGCGGCGGGGGCGGCAUGCAGCCGGGCAGCGCGGCUGUGACCUCGGGCGCCUACCGAGGGGACCCGGCCUCCGUCAAGAUGGUGCAGAGCGACUUCAUGCAGGGGGCCAUGGCCGCCAGCAACGGCGGCCAUAUGCUGAGCCACGCGCACCAGUGGGUCACCGCGCUGCCCCACGCCGCCGCCGCCGCCGCCGCCGCCGCCGCCGCCGCCGUGGAGGCCAGCUCGCCGUGGUCUGGCAGCGCCGUGGGCAUGGCCGGCAGCCCCCAGCAGCCGCCGCCGCCGCCGCCGCAGGGCCCCGACGUGAAGGGCGGCACGGGGCGCGAGGACCUGCACGCGGGCACCGCCCUGCACCACCGCGGGCCGCCACACCUCGGGCCGCCGCCGCCGCCGCCACACCAGGGCCACCCCGGGGGCUGGGGGGCCGCCGCCGCCGCCGCCGCCGCUGCCGCCGCCGCCGCCGCCGCCGCGCAUCUCCCGUCCAUGGCCGGCGGCCAGCAGCCGCCGCCGCAGAGUCUGCUCUACUCGCAGCCCGGGGGCUUCACGGUGAACGGCAUGCUGAGCGCGCCCCCGGGCCCGGGGGGCGGCGGCGGCGCGGGCGGCGCGGGGGGCGGCGGCGCGCAGAGCCUGGUGCACCCGGGGCUGGUGCGCGGGGACACGCCCGAGUUGGCCGAGCAUCAUCACCACCACCACCACCACGCGCACCCGCACCCGCCGCACCCGCACCACGCGCAGGGGCCCCCCCACCACGGCGGCGGCGGCGGCGCGGGGCCCGGACUCAACAGCCACGACCCGCACUCGGACGAGGACACGCCGACGUCCGACGACCUGGAGCAGUUCGCCAAGCAGUUCAAGCAGCGGCGCAUCAAGCUGGGCUUCACGCAGGCCGACGUGGGGCUGGCGCUGGGCACCCUGUACGGCAACGUGUUCUCGCAGACUACCAUCUGCCGCUUCGAGGCCCUGCAGCUGAGCUUCAAGAACAUGUGCAAGCUCAAACCGUUGCUCAACAAGUGGCUGGAGGAGGCGGACUCGAGCACCGGCAGCCCCACGAGCAUCGACAAGAUCGCGGCGCAGGGCCGCAAGCGCAAGAAGCGGACCUCCAUCGAGGUGAGCGUCAAGGGCGCGCUGGAGAGCCACUUCCUCAAGUGCCCCAAGCCCUCCGCGCAGGAGAUCACAAACCUGGCCGACAGCCUGCAGCUCGAGAAGGAGGUGGUGCGGGUGUGGUUCUGCAACCGGAGGCAGAAGGAGAAGCGCAUGACGCCGCCCGGGAUCCAGCAGCAGACGCCCGACGACGUGUACUCGCAGGUGGGCCCGGUGAGCGCCGACACGCCGCCGCCGCACCACGGGCUGCAGACAAGCGUGCAGUGAAGGCCCGGGCGCCGCGCUGUCACCCCCGCCGCCCCCGCUGCGCCGGGCCGCGCCGGGCCGGGACGCCCUCCCCUCCGCCCAAAGACAGGCCUGCCCGCCCUCGGGGGAACAGAGAGGGGCGCACCGAGGAGAUGCUGUUUGAAGUCCAAGGAAGGAGGGGCGAAGCAAGCAAACAAAGCCUACAAAUGCCCUGACAGUUUUACAUACACGUAGAUGACAAAACCGAGAGAAAAAGGGGCGAUCCUGAGGUCUCUUUCUACUGUGGUGGUGUUUCGUUUUCUUGGUUUUCUUUUUAAAGAAGGGUGGAGAUGCCAAGCGCACCAAAACUGCACUCGCGAGGUUUUUCCCACCCUGAGAAGUUCUACACGGCGACGGUGGAUAGCACUUAGCACCUGCUUCGUCCUCUCCUCUUAAAAAAAAAAACAAAAUUCUUUUUUUUUUUUUAAAGCACCCCCUUCCCUUCCACCCCCUCUCUCCAAAGGGCCCCCUCCAGCCUGGAGAGAUCCACCGUAACUUUGUUUCCUGAGAGCGACGUGAAGGCCUGCUGGGGCACCGGGUUUAAUCAGGGGUGACUCUGUGCUCCCGACCCCGUGAUUCUUGUCCAUAUUAAAGUCAUUUGGGGACAAACAAAUUGACUAUGAAAUGGGAAGGCGAAAAAAAACAGAACACUCUCCAGAAAACAAGAAAUAUAUAUAUAUAUAUACACACACACAUGUAUUCACAGCUUCUGAAAUUAACAAACUGAUAGUAAAGCCAAAAGAAAAACAAUACCUAUCGUCAAAGUAACCUUGGAAAUAAAAGUAUCAAGAGAGAGCAGAGGGACAGGGACGCGCGAGGGAGCAGGAGACGUCCACCGGCCAGUGAGAGAGGCCCAGGCGCACGCAUCCCGGCCCAGCCGGGCGGACUGGGCGCCAAGAGAGGCCUGGCCACCAAUCCCGGCCUUAUCUGCUGCCGCUCCGGUGGACGACGCCUAAAGAUGCCACCGCUAAUAUUUUUUUUAUUAAUAUUUUUUAUUUUUUAUUUCUGGACUGACUCAGAUCAAGGGAUUUAGGAAGACAGCACUUCUCCGGACUCCUGCCUUCAUUCCGUUGCCAACUUUGAUUGAAUGGGUGCUGUGGAUGUGCUUAUAUAAUACUGCCCUUUCCAUGCAGUGUUUUUGGUAGGUUUUAAUAAACAGACUUUUCAAAAGACGGCAAUAUAGAAUUGUUAGAUCCGUUGUUGAUCUAAAAAUAUUUGCUUUAUAUUUUCAUUAAAUGACUUCUUUUAAUAUUUUAUUCAGAAUACUUAUGAACUGCUGCAAAACGGUAAUUUAUUUUUCCCCAGAUCUUGUAUUACGUGUUUUUUUCAGACGAGCACAAAUCAAAAUGAAAUGAAAAUAUGGACAGUUGCUAGGUAAUAAGGGUAUCUUUUGAUGUGAUUAUUUGAUUGUAAUUUAAUUUGAGUAGUGAUUCCGUAAGAGCUGAUCGAGAAAAUAAAUUUGUUAGAAUGAAAUAGUCUGUGUCUGAUGCAUAAACACUGUGUGGGAAAGAAAAAGUCCUUUAGAAAAUAUUUUUUUACUAAUGUAACUCCUUAAGGGAUAGCACUGAGGGAGCAGAGUCUGUCCCACCUAAGGCAUAUUUGCAAAUCUAGAAUAAAAGACGAUGACAGAAACAGAUAGACAUUGAUAUAGUAGUCCCUCCUUGUUAGCCUGUUAAUUUCACAAUAUUCCCCCCACACACUUAAUUUUAGUGAGUGUUUUGUUUUUUUUUUUAGGUGAGACUGUCUAAAUGCUAGUCCUUUGCCCAGAGAUACCUGUGUCCUUUAUCAUCUUUAGCAGAAUGUUGGACUACAUCCCCAGUAAAAAAUGUGCCAAUUGCUUCUUAAUGGUUAAUACAGUGUCUGCCCCAUACCACCAAAGUUUAGCCUCUCUUUUUCUACUCAUUUCCUCCCCCCACCACCAUAUUACUAUAUCUCUCUCCUCUUUUUCCUGAAGACUGAAGUUAUGAAGAAUAGCUUACAAGUCGAUGAAAUAUUUUUGUUAUCACUUACUUCCCAUGAAUAACUAUAUGCAAUUAAUUUUAAAUUAUUAAGCCGUUUGGGGAGGGUUUUGUUUUGUUUUUCUUAUAAUGGAAGAAUAUUGUUCUAACAUCAUGAAUAUGGUCCACACUGCAUUACCCUCAGUGUGAGUACCAGCUUAGACUUCAGAGUCUAGAUUUCUGUGUUUUGGCCUUUCCCCAGUAUGAUUCUAUAUUUUCUUCACUGGUGCUGGGGGUUUUCACUUCCUGAUCAUUCUCUAGAUACAUCCUGCUGAGCGAUCACAUUUAUCAAGUUAACAUAUCAAUAUUUACAACAUGGGAAAAUGAAAGUGUAAUGCCUCAGGUUGUAAGUAACAAGACGAAGAAGUCUCUGUUGCGUCCUUUUGUAUCGUACUUUUAAAAACAAGUAUUUAGGGGUGAUAAAGCAAUGAUUGUUAUAGAUUAAUUUCCCCCUAAUCUCAUCGAGCUGUCACUCACUUUUUUCCUCUUCUCUCAUCUACUCGUCUCCCUGUAACAUCGAUGCAGGAGUUUAAAAAAAAAAAAGAAAAGGAAACUGUGAGCAACAAGGAAUAGUUAUUUCUUCCAGACAGACCCUGUGUCACUUUCAUAAAUCAAGCCCAGCCAGAUGGCCGUGUAUUGGGUUGCAUUAUUUUAAACACCAAAUCGUACUAAAAAUCACAAUCAUUUUGAUUUGUGAAAUCUGAAAAAGGCCAUAUUUAUUAAACAGAGGGCAGGGAAAAAAUGAAAACAAGAAACCACAAUUUACUUUCCCUUGCCUUCUCGGUUCCUAUUUCUCUUGCUAUUGUAAUCUCUGUGCCCAGAUUUACAACCUGGGGGAGACGUGGGGGGGGGGGGACACAAACUUCAUCAAUUUUUGAGGGUCUGUGUGCAGGGGCAAGCACAGAAGGCCUUAUUGGAAAGCUGAGGAUUGGGUGUGGUUGUUUAUAUUGGGUGGAGGCUGCUGGCUCAUGAGGUGAAAUCCUAUUUUCCCUCCAGGACUGGUAGUGGUUGAUCAGACAGAGAAUGGGUCUAUUUCAAAGGUUAGGAGGCAUUUGCUUACUUGAUUUGGCUGACAACAAAAGAACUAACAUUGGAUUUCACACUGUUUUCUAUUAAAAAGUAACCAUUGCUGUUUACUUUGCAAGAAGCUCUUCUAGAGGUAGAAGAAUUCAGGAGAAGCUGGGAAUGAUAGUCCAUUUUAUUUCAUUAUUUUGUAUUUUUUAAAGUGAGCUCAUGCUUGCACUCCAUAUUUUUUUAAAAAAUCAACGUUUUGAAUGUAUUUACAAAAUGAAAUUCAUGGUUGGAAAACAAAAGAGGGCAGAUACAACUGAUCAGUUUUGUGCUAAGGCUUAUAUUGUUACACAUGUAAAUAAUGAAAACAUUGUUAUAUAUCACCAGAUCUUUUUAAUGAAUUUGGUCAUUGUGUUCCUUUGUAGCGCAAGUGUCUUGUGCUUCGUCAAGUGUCCGUUUGUUUCCUCCAUUUCAACCCACCCCCACCUCCCCUUCCAACCCAGAGGAGUGACAAAGUUCUGUUCCAUCAAUCUGGCUAAUCCUGAGCUGGGCCCAUUUAUAGUUUGCAGUCUCCUGUGGUUUCUGAUCAGUUGUCCAAGCCACAGCCAUCUCAUUCACCCAGCCAUCUUCCCCUGCAAGUAUGGGCGAUAAAUCAUUCAAGGUGUAUUUAAAAUAGUCACUUUGCUGUUGUUGCUCUGCCUUUUUUUUUUUUUUUUUUUUUGCUUUAAGCACUUACCCAAGGACUACUUCUUUGUUCCAAAACAGAACUAUUCAUUAUUGAUCUUAGAGAUUCCCUCUGCUUUCCUGUAGCUCACAGUGUUUGCUCAUCACCAUGCUCAUAAUCUGUUUUGUAUGAAUGGUUUUCAACAUUCAGAGAAUAAUCGGUUCUAAUAUUAAAUGCAGUAUAUGCUAUUGAUAGUUUUAUCGAUAAGUGUAAUAUUUUAAAUAAUUUUAACAAUUAAAUUUGUUUUUUAAAUUAUAUAUUUGUAAAGUAUUUAUCCUGUUGGAAGCAACAAUAUAUUGUUGUAUUUAUUCGUUUAUUUUUAUAAUAAAUGAUCAACCUCUUAAAGCUAAA